AAGGUUCUGUUCAAUGUUCCUUUCUCUGAAGAUGAGCGUCAAAAUAUCAAGGUCAUGAUUCAAAGCAAUUUGUAUCGCUAUAUUGGUAUUGUGCUUGAGGGUCGUGAGCAAUUUGAAGAAGAAUGUAUGAUUGAAAGAAGAAAAAAACUGGUUAUUGAUCAGCCUGGUCCUUCAGGCCAGAUGGAUGAAAAAACAUUAUAUUCUAUCAGUCCAAAACUGAAAGCUUUUUCAGAUUGGCUUCUCAAAGUCAUUGCGUCUGAUAAUUUGGAAGUCAUAUUCCCAGCGGCUACCCGUGAAUAUGCACCGUUUGUUGAGGAGUUGUCAAAGGAUGCAGCCUUCCAAGCCACAUACCUCCGGAGGAAUGAAUUAGACAUGCUACCCAGUGUUGCUACUUAUUUCCUAGAACGGGCUGUUGAGAUUUCAAGGACAACCUAUGAACCCUCGGAUCUCGAUAUCUUGUAUGCUGAGGGAAUUACCUCAUCCAAUGGGCUGUCUUGCAUGGAAUUUUUAUUUCCAAAGCCACCACAUCAGAGCUCCAUUGAAUCAGAAUAUCAGAAUUAUGACUCCUCACUCAGGCAUCAACUCAUUAGAGUGCGUCCAAGAAACCUUGGAGAGAACUGCAAGUGGCUAGGAAUGUUUGAAGAUGUUGACAUUGUCCUGUUUUGUGUUUCUUUGACUGACUAUGAUGAGUUUUUCGAAGAUAAGAAUGGAGUUCUGACUAACAAGAUGUUGGCCAGCAGGCAACUUUUCGAAAAGAUUAUAACUCAUCCAACCUUCAAAGAUAAAACCUUCCUUCUAUUACUUAACAAGUUUGAUAUACUUGAGGAAAAGCUUGAACAGUCUCCUCUCACUAAAUGUGAAUGGUUCCGUGACUUCAAUCCAGUUAUCAGCCACAAUUACCACAGCAGCAGCAGAAGAAAUAACAAUGCUCCUCGGGCUCAAUAUGCUUUCCACUACAUUGCAUUGCAGUUCAAGAGAUUGUUCAAUUCCCUUACUGAUCAUAAGUUGUUCGUUUCACUAGUUACCGGGUUGGAGCAAGAGACCGUUGACGAAGCUCUUAGAUAUGCAAGGGAGAUUCUGAAUUGGGACGAAGAGCAAUGCAACUACACUAACAAUGAGUCGUCAUAUGACUUUGAGGCAAGCUCAUCGUCAUGAUUUUGUUUCAGUAUAAACAAAAUGCUUCUAAAUCUUACAUGCAUUAGAAAGAUUAGUAGCAGUAGAAGUAAAAGUGUUUGCUUUAUUAACUUUCUGGAGCAAAUACUUGUGUAUAGUGUAUACUUAUAUACACACACGUGGAUUCGGAGUUUUGGAUACAUAAGGAAAUACAGAACUGGGAUACAAGAUGAAUGUAUCAUUCUUGGAAGUUAGAUUCUUUUAUACAUAGAGCUGAAUCAAAGCUGUCUGCAAUUGCAGAUUUAGCAAAGUGAAACAAUUAUCUCACUAUUUUUUCUGUCCA